CAUCCCGCAAGCACUUCUGAGAGGCUGCACAGAAAUUCGGACCCACGAACCCACGACCCGAGCCGCCCAAGAGGAAUGCAGUCUGUGUCCAUUCGCACGGUGGUGAAAAGUUGGGUUGAAGUUGGGUAGCCGCCGCCGCCGCCGCCGUUGUGCGCCGAACCGAACCUACAGGUUGCUGAAUUGGCCCGGCUGGAUUUAUGAGUUUGGGUUUGAAGUGCACGGCAGUGGGACAUUCGGAAUGGGGGCUCCGUAGACGGAGACACGCAAGCGUACGCCGCACAAGAUGGACCUGAAGUGGACCACAUUUGGGAGGUUCAUGAAUACUCGGGUGCCAGCCAAUAAGAGAUACCAGCCGACCGAAUACGAGCAUGCUGCUAACUGUGCCACACACGGGUUCUGGAUCCUACCGAGCCUGCUGGGUGGUUCCAUGCUGUACUUCCUGUCAGGGGACCAAUGGCAUCGUGUUGCUGCCUGGCUUUACGGCAGUGGACUCACUGGUCUGUUUGUCACUUCAACGCUCUUCCACGCCGCAGCCUGGAAAAUCAGCCACCUCAGGAAAGUCGAGCAACUUUUCCACAUGUGCGACCGAAUGGCCAUCUACUUCUUCAUAGCGGCAUCCUACUCUCCCUGGUUGAUGCUGAGGGAGCUGGGCCCGUGGGCGUGUCACAUGCGCUGGUUGAUCUGGGUCAUGGCCUGUUUGGGGUCCAUUUAUGUCUUCUUCUUCCAUGAGCGGUACAAGCUGGUAGAGUUGCUGGGAUAUGUGGCCAUGGGAGCUGUGCCUGCUCUGGUUAUCUUGUCCACAGUGGACCACGCGGGUGUGUGUGAACUCGCCAUGGGAGGGGCCUUCUACGUCGUGGGCGUGGUCUUCUUCAAGAGCGACGGCUUCGUCCCUUUCGCCCACGCCAUCUGGCAUCUUUUCGUGGCAGCCGGAGCAGGCAUGCACUACUACGCCAUCUGGAGGUACCUCUACUCGCCCCGGCCCCCGAUGGAGACCUCCAGGUGACGGAGCGCCGCUCUCACGCUGUGAGAUUUCAUUCCAAGUGACUGGCAGAGAAAACACAAGCUCAGUGGUGGGAAAUGAAGCGGAUUUAAGAAAAUAGCUUGCAAGCUAUUCGAUCGGUAAGAGAUGAUAAACCUGACUGUUCUAAACUUGACCUCAACGAUGAUAAAGCACGGUGCAUUUCGUAUGAACCACUAAUUCUGCUUCUGUAAUCGUUUUGGAAGGACCAAUCAGAGGUAGUUAUAAAGUAAUUUUGUUUCAAUACCUCAUAGGUACCAUAAUCAACUAGCAAAAAUGUUGAGAUGACCAACAUUUGGUUAAAAAAAGGACACUUGGGAAAAUAUUUGUAGCGAGAGAGGGCAGAGAUAAAUUUCUCCCGAGUAUUAUCUUACAAUCAUCUGCACCAGGUAACGGCCGUUCUCAAACAAAGUGCACCUAUUUUUUAUUUUUAGCUUUAAGUACCAGUGCCAUGACUAACAUAGAGAAGUAUAAAUUAAAAAUGUAUUAAAGAAAAAAAGCUAGAUUCACAUUAAAAAAAACAAUUCUUCACAUGAAUUAACUAUUGUAUCCUUAAUUAAUCAUCCAAUGAAAAAGUACUCCAUAAAAACACGAGUUUCUUUUAACCUAAUAAGUAGUACAAAAAGAUUAAAUACAAAGGUAUUGUGCUUAAAAGUGAAAUACUACUUGGCUGUACUGUACAUUAAAAUAUAACAGAUGGAAAAAAAAAGGUUGAAGCGACUGUAAUAUUAUGCAAUUUGAACAACUCAUGCAGUGGCAAUUUACUAGUGGGAGUACACGUGCCACUGGUGGUACUUAGGCCACACUUUGAGAACAAUUGCUGUAUAACAUCUCUCGCUCAUAUUAUACUAAUGUACGGUGGCUGUAAAGUGCAAAACACAAUAAUGCCAUCCUGGUAAUUUUAAGGAAGAAAAUAUUGCAACAUUUAGUUCUCUUGCACUUACUGUAUUUAGUAGGCCUUUUGCUAAAAAUAGGCCCAAACUGUCCACUAUUUUUAACUGUUGUCCACUUUGAAAAGUUGAAUAACUUCAAAAUAGAGCAUCAAGGCCACAAGCAACACACUUUGCAGUAGGACUAAUCUGGUGUUUACCAU